CCCCAGCCUCCGCCCGGAGAAGGCUACCCACUCCCCUCCUCCUCCUCCUCACCCUCCUCCCCCCCGCGCACACACAUACACACAUACACACCGACCCGCCUCUUCCCACCCCUUUCGCUCCCCCCCCCUCCUCCCGCUGCCUUUCCCUCCUGCCCCUUCACCGAGAAGGCGAGCAACGACCCGGCGCGCGUGCGUGUCCCCUCCACAUGCUCUCCAAGCGGCCGUUCGACUACGAGCUGGCCUUCCAGGUCCCGGCUCAAGGCGCCGCACUGCCAGCCCCGGCAGCUCCGGAUGCUGCCGGCGACGCCUCCAUGCUCAUCGACCCGCACUAUCCACAUCACUAUCCGAAUGCGGCCCGUGUCUCCGGGUCGAUGAUUGGUGUGCCUAAGCGUUGUCGUCUUGUCUAUAAUGCCGCGGUUCCCUCUUCCCCCUGGCCGGGGGCAAUGGAUUCCCCGGACAUCGGCAUGACCGAUCACCACUUGUCGCCCGUGCUGGACCCGCUGGCAUCCCAUGCAGCCAAUGCUUUUGGCAUCUCGACCGAUCGGCAUGCCGCCUUCCCGGGGUCUUCGCGCGCGCCGGGAACACCCUCACGUGGGUCUCCCCCUCCUCGGCCGUCCACCGCGAUUGCGGGCGGUCGCCGCCGCACGGCUCCCUCUCCUCCUCCCGAUGAUGACGCAUCUCUCGGGACACAGGAGGCCUCCUCCACGGGCGACUCGAUGGCCGGUGGCAUUGUGCGCCCGGCCACGGCGCGCGCGCGUGUUGGCUCUGCUUCCACGGGUGCCGGCCCCUCGGCCGGUGGCAACAGCAACCCUCCCGGUGCCGGGGGCUCGAAUGGUGGCACGCGCCUGGCCUCCGAGCCGGAGCACCUGCGCUGCUUUGUCCCGAGCCAGCCCUUCGAUUCGGAUUCCUUCGUGCAUGAAGCACAGGGUGCGCUCGCCCAGACGGCGCGCAAGCGUCUGAACCGGCUUUCGCGAGCCCAUCGCCACUCGGGAGCCCCGGCGGCUGGCAACGCAUCGCCGCCCCCCCGGGCCCGGCGGUCCAGCGUCGACCUGGACAUGGACUCCGUGUCGCCGGUCCUCCGGUCGCUCGGGUUUUCCGGCGGCUCCGCGCCAGCCAGCUCGCCGCCAUUCAGCCCACUGUCCUCGUCUCCCGGAAUGGGGCUGACUGCGGCCGGGGCCGUUGGCGCGUGCCUCUCUUGCGGCUCGCGCAAUGUCCAAGUCACCGCGCCCCCCACUGGCCCCGUGCGCGUUCCUGGCCUGGGCUCCUCCUCGCUGUCGGCAUCGGAUGUCGGUGGUUCCGAUGAGGAGAUCUUCCUUCAUCCGGCCACCGGCAAGCCGCUAUUCACUCAGGAGCAGGCUCGAAGCUUGGUUUCCCGGGCUGCCGACGAGCGAGAGCGCCACCUGCGCGAGGAGUUUGCCAUCAUCCUGCAAAACCAGAUGGCCGAGCAGUUUGCCUCCUUCACUCGCUUCAAUCAGGACUAUCUGGACCGGUCAAUGCGCGAUCGGGACACCAGCUGGAGCUACCUCAACUAG